GGAGUGGAGAGGAGAGAGAGGAGGCGCUGCCAGACCAGAGGAGGCACACUCUGCACUCUGCCCGUGAGCCACGGUCAUGGCGCGCUGGAUCACACUGCUGGGCGUCGCGGCUCUGUGUGCAGUAGGGGGCGCUUUCCUGCACAACGAGGUGGAUCUGCAGGUCGAGCCCCCCUCCGUGCGUGUGGAGCGGCUGCAGACCGCCACCGUCACCUGCUGCUACAAGUCCGCGCGGGCGGGCCUCAGCGCGCGGUGGGAGGGCCUCGCCCCCGGGGCCGGGAACCGCACCGCCAGCCGCCAGCGGAACGUCACCCUGGAUGACCGCGUCACUCGGGCGGAGGGCAGGAAGGGCAACUGGACCUGCGUCACGCUGACCAUCCGGCAGGCCACCGAGGACGACACCCAGCUGUACCGCUGCUCCCUGCGGGACAACACGUCGUCCACCCCGCUCCUCUCUCCCGGGACCUACCUGAAGAUCUACAAUACCUCAGAAAAACUGAUCAACCUCAGUGAGAGGACCAAGAACCAUCUCAUUGUGUUGCAGGCAGUGAUUCUGAUGCUGUGUGUAUUAUUGCCAGGAACUGCCCUGCUGUGCAAGGCGAAGCAACAGAGUGAAAAGUCCCUGGAUUUUAAGAAGAAGAGGAGAGAGGAGGAGGAGAAUAUCUAUGAGGGUCUCAAUCUGGAUGAGUGCUCCAUGUAUCAUGACAUAUCCCGAUCCAAAGUCCAUGGACCCUAUGAGGAUGUUGCCAACCUGAGGGGCUCGGACAUCCAGCUGGAAAAACCCUGAGAGAAUUGUGGCAGUGGGAGUGGGAGUGGGCUGGAGUAGCACUGGGGUGGGACUGGAAUAGGAAAAGGAGAGGGACGGGAGGGGGGAGAGGAGACACAAACAGAGAGGUCAGGAGAAGGAGAAAAGGGAGAGGGUGGGAGGGAGAUUUCUGUAGACAGAGUUGCUCUUUCCUCAGUAUCCUGCUAGUUGUUCUGUUCUGUACGUGUUCUUUUUUACGGAGUAGUUCAGGAACUGUUGUAGCUAUGUGUUGUCUGCUGCUGUGCUUUAGCAAUACUGGAACAGCUCACUCAUGUCAAUAAAGCCCUUUGAAUUGAACAGAU